GAAGACAGACUAUAAUGGUUGCACGGCCGAUUCAACCCUCGCCACCGCAUCAUUUCUUUCGAUUCCAAGCCUAACGAGAGGAGGCGGCCGUCUCCUCCUCCGCCAGAUCUUCCCGUACCCCAAACGCCAAACGCUCCUCGAUUCCUACCGCAUCCCAAAAGAGAGGCCUCUUUCUAGGGUUUGGCUUCCGUCGUACCUAAUCUUCGUCUCCCGACGAUCCGAAUCUGCAGCGGGAGGGGUUUUCAUCGGAAUAUUGUUCUUCGAGUAUGGCUGGAGGCGGCAGCGCAUCGAGCAGGCCGCGGUACGCCCCCGAGGACCCGACCCUGCCUAAGCCGUGGCGGGCGCUGGUGGACGGUAGCACCGGGUACCUCUACUACUGGAACCCCGAGACCAACGUCACCCAGUACGAGCGCCCCGCCGACGAGCUCCCGCCGCCCCCUCCCCUCUUGCCCCCGCCCCCCCCUCUCCUCCCUCCCAAGGCCGCCUCCGUCGUCCCGGCUGAGCGCCGCCAUCAUCACGAGGAUGAUGAUCGCUAUGGCCGUUCUAGGAGCCACCAGCACGGAGGUGGUAAAAGCAGUAGCAUGCAUGACCAUGGGCAUGACACCAAGGACUCACGGGAGCCGAGGGCAACUUCUACCAGAGGCCACGCAUCAUCUGCGGAUGGAGGGGCCUUUGCCUCUGCCGAAGCAUAUCGCCGUCAGAACGAAAUAAUAGUCACGGGAGAUGAUGUACCUGCACCAUUCAUGACAUUUGAAUCUACGGGUUUCCCUGCAGAGAUUCUCAAAGAGGUAUACCAUGCAGGUUUUUCUCACCCAACUCCAAUUCAGGCUCAGUCAUGGCCAAUUGCAUUACAGAAUCGUGAUAUUGUAGCCAUUGCAAAGACAGGAUCAGGCAAAACACUCGGGUAUCUUAUUCCAGGGUUCAUUCAUCUUAAGCGCCUUCGCAACAACUCUAAGCUGGGUCCAACAAUGUUAAUACUUGCACCAACAAGGGAGCUGGCAACACAGAUACAAGAUGAGGCUGUGAAGUUUGGAAGAUCAUCAAAAAUUUUAUGCACGUGUUUAUAUGGAGGUGCACCUAAAGGCCCUCAGUUGAGGGACCUUGAUCGAGGAGUAGAUGUUGUUGUUGCAACUCCAGGAAGAUUAAAUGACAUUUUGGAGAUGAAAAGAGUCAGCCUCCGUCAGGUUUCUUAUCUGGUUCUUGAUGAGGCUGAUAGAAUGCUGGACAUGGGUUUUGAGCCACAAAUUCGGAAAAUCGUGAAAGAAGUACCACAUCGUCGCCAAACACUUAUGUUCACGGCUACAUGGCCCAAAGAAGUUCGAAAAAUUGCUGCAGACCUACUAGUUCAUCCUGUUCAGGUUAAUAUUGGUAGCACAGAUGAGCUUGUUGCAAAUAGUGCCAUCACCCAGUAUGUGGAAGUAAUUACCCCGCUAGAGAAACAACGACGACUAGAGCAGAUAUUACGGUCCCAAGAUCCAGGUUCUAAGGUCAUAAUAUUUUGUUCCACGAAGAGAAUGUGCGACCAGCUGGCUCGGACCCUCACUCGUCAGUUUAGUGCUUCUGCUAUUCAUGGUGAUAAGUCUCAGGCUGAGAGGGAUAGGGUUUUAAGUCAAUUUCGCACUGGAAGAUCUCCCAUUCUAGUGGCAACUGAUGUUGCUGCUCGAGGUCUAGACAUCAAGGAUAUCAGGGUUGUGAUCAACUAUGACUUCCCCACGGGAGUUGAAGACUAUGUUCACAGAAUUGGUAGAACUGGUAGGGCAGGUGCCACUGGAUUAUCUUACACAUUUUUCUGCGACCAGGAUUCCAAGUAUGCUGCAGAUCUUGUUAAGGUUCUUGAAGGUGCCAACCAACGUGUUCCAAAGGAGUUAAGGGACAUGGUGUCACGUGGUGGAUUUGGCGGCAGGUCUCGUCGCUGGGGUUCUCGUUCUGAUGCUCGUGAUGGUGGUCGCACACAAAGUGGAAGAAUCAACUCCAGUUACAAUGGAAAAGGUGGACAGGGCCUGCUUCCUCUGCCUGUUAGAUCAGACAUUCAACAUGGCAGUCGUGGAAUCAUUGACCAUGAGCCUCAUGACAGAUCUAAAGGCCGAGGCCGAAGCCCCACCCGUAGCCGCAGCCAGAGCCGUAGCCGUAGCCAUGGUCGGAGGUAUAGCCCUAUUUCGAAGAGGGUACCCGCUCGACAUGCAAGUCCUCAUAGCAGGAACCAUGGUCGCAGUCGAAGUAGGAGCCACAGUCACAGUCCUAGCCGUGGUUUUGAUCGUCAUGGGGUGGGAACUGGGCAGGCAUCACGUGUGGGUUCAUCACCGGCAAGGAGGGUGCAAUCGCCGGUAGUUCAUGGCUCAAAUGAUCCAGAUCGUUCACCUAUGCAGUAUUAUGAAGAUCAGCAAAGACCGCAGUCGUAUGAUGGCGAACACGGGAGAAAGGCUGAACUCGAUCACUCACCCAGCCCACAUGAUGAGAUAAGACGGUCCCCUUACAGUAUCAUAGACAACGGAAGACCACAAGGAUCACCCGGCCAAGGGCCAUGGCCUGCAGGGUCGUCACCUAGAAAUGGUGAUACGGAGCAGCCGAUUCCAAGGUCUCCGCCAUUGCAGAAUAACAAAUGCGGUGGAGAGGAGGAAGAAGGCAUGAUUCCCGCAGACGAGGAGGAUGGUGUAAUCCCCCUCGAGGAAGAUAGUAAGACAUCGCCAAAGUCAAAGUCUCCUGCCCGGAGGCCUGGGCUGGAUAAUUGAUUGUGCAGAGUAACCCAUCAUCUAGGAUGGAUGGACGGUGCAAGUUCCUCGUCCUGAGUUUGGCAGCAUUCCAUGUUUGUGUUGUAAAAUGUCCACUGACAUGAUAAUACUCGAACAUUCAUUUAGCUGUGGUAGUAGCUAGUUUGUCUGAACCCCCCUUGGCGAUACAAGACUGGCACACUGUUUCUGUUGCAGUACUUGGAACUUUUGAUC